AUGACCAGACUGCAUAAAUCGUGGUGGCCAUUCCACCUAUAUCUCUGGGCGGUGGUGCUGGUGCUGGUGCUGGUGCUGGUGCGGCUGCCGGCCUGUCACUGCCAUAUACCGAAUACAACUGCAGGAGACCUCAACCUCACCCUCGGUCUUGGUCUUGCUCCCAAACUCUCCAGCGGAGCAGACAUCUAUCUACGCGGGAGCGUCGAGUCCGACCGCCUCGCAAGGCGAUACACCGACUUCGACCGUCCCACCUUCGCCGCUAUCGUCGCUGUAGCCUCCACCAGGGAUGUCGUGGAAACCAUUCAAUCUGCCAAGGCCCUGGUGGAAGAGGUCGUGCUGGCGGAGACGGCAGCGGCGGGGUUGGUCUAG